AUGGAGUUAGAACCGACAGAGGACAAUUUGGGAGAAAUUACGGAUGUUCGGUUACGGUUAAACAUUGAGGCGAACAAACCAGAAAUAUACUGGGAACAAAGAGCUAAAGCCAAUUGGCUUCGCAACGGAUACAAAAAUACAAACUUCUUUUCACCGAUAUGCGACUCAAAGGAAAAGACACAACAAAAUCAGAGGCUGGAAGCAUCUGGUGAAGAAGAAAUCCUGGAAAAAGUCAAGUCGUGCAUCACAGAAAACAUAAAUCAGAAUCUGUCUAGACCGUUUACAUCAGAGGAAGUUUUUAAAGCAGUUCAAUCGAUAAGUCCCUUGAAAGCUUCAGGCGAGGAUGGUUUAGGAGCAAUAUUUUAUCAGCGGUUUUGGCACAUUGUGGGCAAAGAUAUAGGGCUUCUUGGGUCCCAAGACGUGGAAGCAGUUAAUAGUACCUAUAUAGUUUUGAUCCCAAAAGUGCGAAACCCCACCCAGUUAACACAAUUCAGACAUAUCAGCCUAUGCAACGUACUCUAUAAAAUCGAGUCAAAAGUGUUGGUUUUUCGAAUCCAGGAAUAUCUUCACUUAUGCAUUGACGAAGCUCAAAGUGCGUUCGUUCCGAGAAGGCUUAUUACUGAUAACAUCAUCACGACUCCACAUUUGGUAUUCAUCACCCUCUCUCUUGUCUCUGUUCAUUUCUCUCGCAUCACUACGGUUUCCUGUAGCCGUGGUGUUCGUCUCCGGCCUCCGUUGCUUAUCCGAGACUUCAAAUGUGACCGUACCCUUCCAGUCUCCUUCUACCGCAUAAUAACUCAUAAAUCCGAAACCUUCGUUGACUUCCACUGCCCGCCAAUCCUCUUCAACAACAUCACCUGCACCGCAGCCGCUUCCAAAUACUUCUCCUCUCCGACACUCUCUUCCGGAAACGCUUCCUCUUCCGAUUCGCCCACUUCCAACAUGAAAGCUUCUAUAGACGCCGUCGAGAGGAUCCUCAAUUACCGUUUUCAGGAUAAGAGUCUUUUAGAGGAUGCUUUGACACAUUCUUCGUACUUGGAUUCCUUUUCAUACGAGCGUCUUGAGUUUGUCGGUGAUGCAGCUCUGGGCCUGGCUUUUACUAAUUACGUUUUUCUGGCUUACCCCAAACUUGAUCCUGGCCUUCUUUCGUUGAUCAGAUCAGCUAAUAUAAGCACGGAAAAACUAGCCCGUGUCGCUGUUAAACACCGUCUUUUUCAGUUCGUUCGACACAAUGCUGUUGGCCUUGAGCAAAAGGUUAACGAAUUUACCAUGCUUGUUAGUGAAGAAGAUGGUCCAGUGGCUCACGGUGGAUCAAUGAAAGCUCCCAAGGUUUUAGCUGAUAUUGUAGAAUCCGUGGCAGCUGCCAUUUAUGUUGAUGUCGAAUUCAAUCUGGUAACACUUUGGAAGAUCUUUAGAGGUCUAUUGGAGCCUAUAGUUACCUUGGAAGAUUUGCAGCAACAGCCUCAACCCGUGACAUUAUUGUUUGAGAUAUGUCAAAAGAAACGAAAGCAAGUUGACAUAAGACAUUCGAGAGAUGGGGAAAAAACCGUAGCUACAGUAUAUGUCGAUGGAAAGUUCAUUUCAUCGGAUUCCUCAUAUCAAAAGGAUAUUGCGAAGCUUAAUGCGGUAAAGGGAGCUUUGCUCAAGUUAUCAAAGUCCAUGGCUGUUGAUGUUGAUUUAUUUGGAAUUGAUGGGUCUUUUGAGAUUGGAGGAGCAAAACAGAAGUUGCACGAGCUCUGCACAAAGAAAAAAUGGUCCAAGCCUAUCUAUGAGCUUGCGAAAGAUGAAGGUCCCUCGCAUGAGAAGAAAUUUGUAUAUGCAGUUAAAAUUCCGACCAAAGGUGGAAUUUUAUGCAUCGAAGGGGAGGAAAAAUCCAGAGUAAAAGAAGCAGAAAACUCUGCAGCGUCAAACAUGAUUCGAUCCCUCCAUGAAUAUGGAUAUUUGUAAUUUGGCCAGCAAUUUGUAUCAUAUCUUUACCGACUGUUAACAUCUCUAAGAUUGUGUGCCGGAAUAUUUGUAAUAGCUAUAAUAUUAAUAUUAUUAGAAACUGAA